AAAAUGGCAGACUGUCAAGAUUUAUCAACAUUAUGGCAAAAACUAAACGAUGUUGAACAUUUAAAAGAUGUGCGCUUUUUACGCAUGUGCAUUUAUGAGGUAAAUGAAAAUGAACUAUGAAAAGUAAAAGUAAACAAGACAGUUUUUUUCUGUCGUAAUUUUUAUCCGUUAAUAAAAUAAUAUUGAUUCAUACCGGUAUAUAAUAAAUAAUAAUAUUAAUAUAUAUAAUAUAAUAAAUUAGAAUUAGACUAUAAGUUCUAUAUAAGUUAUAUAAGUUAAAAUAAUAAUAGUGAUAGUUAAUAUAAACUAUAAACAACAUAAUUAUAUUAUACAUUAUAUGUAAUCAUAUAUAUAUAUAUUUAAAAGUGAACAUUUGUUUGUUCCACAAAGAAAGGCUUUUACACUUACACAGAUUGAUAGAUUUGAAGCGACCUGCGAACUUAAGACUAAGUCCUAAAUUUAUCCCUAAACCCAACACUAUCACUAACCUGAACCCUAAAUCUAAACCUAACCUGAACCCUAAACUUAUUCCUAACCUGGGAUUUGACUCUAUCAGAACCAGGGUUUUGACCCUAUCGGGACCAGGGACAAAACAUGCAAAUGACGUUGGGGUGCUAUCUCUUCACAUUAGCCUGCAGCCAAUUAUAUAUAUGAGCUACAUAAAUAAAAUUAACAACAAAUACUCCUACAUGAAUUGGUGGAUCUUUACCAAACUUAGUACACAUACACUUGAUUAUCCACAUUCAAAGACCGAAGGUUACUAAACACAUCAUAAUAAUAUAUCCAUUCCGCUGAGGCAGGAGGCCCCAUUUUAUUUUUUCUUAUUAGACAACAAUAUAGGUUCUAUUUGAAUUGACGGAUAUAGGCCUAGUGUGGUAGCAAUACCCUUUACAGUCAAAACUUAAAUAUAGGUUGAUUUAAAACUAAGAAUAUUCAAUCUAGAAUUUUCCAGAACGUUUCAUAAUUUAAAGACGCUAUAUCUAUGGCAUUUUUAAACCGAUUUUAAUCAGACAAAUUUGAAGAAUAAUUUAUCUGUAUGAUUUUUAUGGGGCCCCCAUCUCAAGCAAAACUGAUUUGGUACACUUAUAGAAUGGGCCCCCAAUCAAUGUAAAUGUACUAUAGUUAUAGUAGUGUAUUUAGUUGUAUACUUUUUCGUAUUAAAUAGUAUUAAGUAGAAAAGUCAUUUUUUACAAGUUUCGAGGAGGGUAAUAAUUAUCAACUAAAAUAUUCCAGAAGGUUAUAUAUUGUUCUACGGGGAUAUAUAUUGGUAUCUAAAAGCUUAUUGAAAUUAUUUUAUUAUUAUUACCUAUUAUAAGUGGUUUUUUAUAGUGUGGUAACCCAGCCUAGUGCUGGGCUCACCACGCUGUACACAAAAUUUAACAAACAUAACCAAAAACUUAAAAUCUGUGCUUGAACAGGGAGCCAAUAAAGUAGUGGUGUGACGUGAUCAGGUUUUUUUGCCUUGGGAAUUAGUCUAGCAGCUGAGUUUUGAACCUUUUGUAAUUUUUCUAAGAAGUGUUUUGGUGAACCUGAUAGAAGAGAGUUACAAUAGUCAAGACGAGAGAGAACUAGAGCACAGACUAGGGUUUCUGUUGCACCAACUGUGAGGUAUUGGCGGAUGGAGCUGAUUUGACGAAUAAUGGUGUAUGCAGAGCGACAAAUGUGAGAGAUAUGAUUAUCGAGAGACAUGUUGUUGGACAGAAUAUAACCAAGAUUCCUAGCGGAGAAUGUAAACUGUAUAUCAGAGUUAACUACAUGAAAUGAAGUUGUGAGAGCUGAGUUAGAGUAUGAUUUGUGAUUGUGAAUAAGGAAUGCUUCCGUUUUGUCAUCGUAAAGCUUCAACUUGCUAAAUGUCAUCCAAGUCUUGACAUCAUCAAUGCUCUCCCGCAAAGUCCGCAUAGCAGAAUCAACAAGAGAGGGAUGGGUAUGCUUGUAUAGCUGCGUGUCAUCUGCGAAUCACUGGCUCUCCACAGCAUGCCCCCCGAGCAAGAAGAGCAGUGGCCUGGUAUACAUUGUGAAUAGAACGGGCCCAAAACGGACCCUGUGGCACUCUGUACACCAAAUCAGCACUGCCGGAGGGACAGCCAUCGACAGCGACCGCCUACGUUCUAAUUGAGAUGUAGGACCUAAACCAAGCCAAAACUGAUCCUGAAAUUCCAAAGUAAUUUUCAAGGGUUUUUUGAAGGGUUUCAUGGUCAACAGUGUCAAAGGCCACACUGAGGUCUAAAAGGAUCAGGAUGGAGAUAUCACUGCUGUCCAAUGCGAGCAAGAGGUCAUUGGUGACUCUCAAGAGAGCUGUCUCAGUGCUAUGGAAACGUUUAUAGGCCGACUGAUUAGGACUGAGAAGAGAGUGGUCGUUUAAGUAAGCAAAAAGUUGUUUUAGAACUAGUUUUUCAAUGACCUUUGAUAAGUCCUAUCGAGAACUACCCGAAAACGGGAUCCCACCAGGAAAACUGGAUCACAACCGGAAAUGGGAUCCACCGGGAUCGGGACUCCACUAGGGAACAGGAUCCCACGGGAAAUGGGAACCCACGGGGAUUGGGAUUCUUAGAGAUCACACCGGGAAACAGGAUCCCACCAGUAUUGGGAUCCCAUGGGGAAAUGGGAUCACACCAGGAUUAUGAUGUAUAGAAACAAACAAUAACACAUAUAACAUAAUGCAUGGUACAAUCGCAAACAUUUUAACAGAAGAGGAAACUGAAGACACAAUCUGUAGUAUUGUUAAAAUGGAUGUACCUGUUAUUAAACAACCGGGUUUGGGACCCCACCGGGAUCGGAAUAGCGACGGAUCAGGAACCGACCGUUAAUGGGAUUUCACCGGGUAUAUCGGCUAGGAUUAAAUAUAUUAUAAUCAUUAAAUAAUAUUAAUUUAGUGAAAAAAAUAAAUAAAUCAAAACUAUAGCAAUAAAUUUCAUUUUCAGUCAGUCAGUCACUCGCAAUCAAUUUCAGUGUAUCAACCAAUAUCGAUCAUCUUUACUUUAACAACUUAAUAGGUAACAAGUCAAUGUGAUUUGAAUAUGAGUAUCACUUUUAAAAACAGAUCCCUGCACAGGUGACACAACUCUGUAAUUAUAAGAGUUUUGGACUGCGAUAAAGCUUUAAAGUUGAUUAAUCAGACACAAACAAUUUGUGUAAAUAAAACAAUAUAUUUUAUAAAUGGUAAGCCCCGUGUAUUUCAAUUUCAGCUUAAAAUAUAAUAUUACAAAAUACAAAUGUACGUUAAACGUUACGGUAAAAUGUCUUCUUCAGUCCAAAAAACAUUUCAAUAAGUAUAAAUUAAAUUACAUAAUAUAUAUUAACAUGUAUCCUACCUAAAAUAAUUUUUUUGUAUAAAAAUGAUAAUAUUAAAGAACAAUUAAUAAUAAAUAGAAAAAAGUAAAAAAUGAACACAUUUUUAAACAAAAUUAAUAAAUUAAAAAUAGCAAAAAUCACACUAAUUUAAUUUUUUUAAAAAUAUUUGUGAAAAACCAUUAAAUCUAAAAACUACAAUUCAACCUAUCCUGAAUACUAAGUCAGGAUCCCUAACUCAAGCAUAAAUUAACCCUUAAAUAAAUUUUGUUCCCCCCUAACUUGAGGGUGCCGUAAAUCUUCAAAGCUAAAAUCUAUGACCUUACGCUAACAUGAAACCUGAAACCAUGUGUUUGUGCUCUACAGUUACACACUGUACUGAGAAAAUCAUACAUUUUAAUAAAAAAGAUUAAAAUUAUUUUUACAAUAUUCAAAAUAAUGAAAACCUAACUUACAGUUUCAUCAAAUACUCUUUUACACCCUUUAUUACAAGUUGCACUGUAAAUCAUAUGAAUUAAGUCAAGAUCUGUUGGUCACCAAUCCAUUUAUCAAAUGGUCAUACUUGAUGGGGACCGCGUUCUCAUAUACUGGGUUUCAUUCAAAAUUCCAGUCCAUCAGCGUAUUAAUAUAAAAAAAAGAAAAGUUAACUCUAAUAACAAUCCGCAACUGAACAUGGAUAGCUCGCUCAUAAACAGAGACUCAGGGGGAGUUGUAAAUUGUAAAUUGACCAAAUUAUUAAAUUGUUGUUUUGUAAGUUUGUUUAGUUAAAAUCUAGCUUAUGAUUAAUAAUUAAAACAUUGUUUGAUAAAGGUUUUAUGCUUAAAUUGGCCUAUAGUGUUGUCAGUUGACUUGUAAUAAAUGUGUAAAAAUCAAAGACCAUUUGCCAAAUAUAUGAUUUUUUAUUGUUGUUAUCAGUGUAAAUAUAAUUUCAAGCCUGUGAUAUAUUGCAAGUUUUUUAGACUUCCUUCAUCCCUUGUUAAAUUUUCACAGAAAUUUAACUCCCUUUCUACUGAAAUCUGAACUGUAAGAAUAUUAUUCCCUGAUUAUAUUACGUAAUGAAACUUAAUUAUGUUGCUACAAUUUAAAUUAAAAUUUACUCCAUAUAUUAGAGUUAGAUCUCCCUCUUUUGUUAAAUUGUUACUGCUUUUUUUUUUAAACCCCAUGCAAUGAAGCUAUUAUUCUCCCUUCCCAUUUCAUUUUUUAUCAAUCUGAGAUUUUAACGUCAUACCAUUUGGUGUUUGUAUAUUACCGAGUAAAACUCACCAAUCCAUGUGAGGUGUAAAAAUGCAAGUGAUUAAUUGUCUGGAAGAAGGAACUAUAUGGGCAGCCAUAUUUGAAAGCAUGUUAAAUAGGCAGUGAAUAAGUCAAUUUAUGAGUGUGGACGUAUGUAGAAUUUUGAGUAACAUGAUGUAAUAAUAAUUAUAUUUCUUAAGAAAGUCAAAAGAUUUAUAGUGAGUCAUUGUGAAUUAUGCAAUACAUUUGCUAAAAGGGUUGUAAAAAUUCACUCCAAAUAAUUUUACUAUUACAAAAUUUAAAUUUCAGAAAUACCACUAAUAACUUCUUAUAUAACUAACCGGAUACAACACCCACUCCAACCAUAAAUACUUACCUGUUGUUAAUGUUGUUCACCCUAUCCUCCAAUGGGAUUCAAAUUCAUUAAUAACACAUGUUUGAAUCCCAGCUCACAUCUAUGCAUGCUCACUGAGUGCUGAAAAUAAUUUUUAUAACUAUCCUUGUUACAAAAUGCAGUGCUUUUUUUGUGCAGGGUAUGCACCGGUACGGCGUACCGGCAACUUUUUCAAUGUGGGGAAAAAAUUAUUACUUUUCUUGUAUUUUAAAGUUUCGUAUUAAUUAAUACGAUAUACUAAUAAAGUAAUAAUAAAACAAUUUAAGUUGGUUAAUUAUAAAAUAAAAUUGUUUUAGACAUUUAGUAUCUUUGCAGUUGUGAUUUAGCUUGCAUCGAGGUGCGAACUGGUAGUUAAAAGUUAAUUGGUUAUAAUACUCCCUGUUUAUUUUCGUAUGCGCCAGCGGACGUCACCCCCCCCCCGGCCAAGCCACAUGUGGUCAAGUGCAAACAAGGGUGAGUGGGUGGGGGGAAAAUGCGUAAUGUGUGCGGACGUCAUUCGUGGACAACCCCUAGACUCUAUGCUUUAUGUAUAUAUAUAUUAAAAAUAAUAAUUUAAAAAAAAAAUUGUUUGCGUGCAAUAUAUGAUGUAAUAAUAUUGCAUUGUUGAUUAGUCACCAGGAAAAGUCAGACAAUAAGUGCAGAGGUGAACUAGGCCUAUUCAUUCACCCUACCUGGUAGGCUAUUACUAUUAGUAUUAGUGAGUAGUAUCACGAUGAAAGUUUGGAUCAAGACAACGGACAACUUUUAUUUCAUAUUUUACAGAGCAGUUCUGUCAAUUCAAUAAAUAUUCCACUAUAAAGCAGUGCUUUUUUUGUGCCGGUACGCACCGGUACGGCGUACCGGCACCUUUUUCAAUGUGGGGAGAAAAUUAUUACUUUUCUUGUAUUUUAACGUUCAUUAUUAAUUAAUACGGUAUACUAAUAAAGUAAUAAUAAAAAAAUUUAAGUUGGUUAAGUAUAAAAUAAAAUUGUUUUAGACAUUUAGUAUCUUUGCAGUUGUGAUUUAGCUUGCAUCGAGGUGCGAACUGGUAGUUAAAAGUUAGGCAAUCCAUCACUGAGUACCGGCACCUAUUUUUUUACAAAAAAAGCACUGACAAAAUGUAUAAUUUUUUCAUAAUUUUUAUAUCACAAGUAAAAUGUUAGUACUUUAGGAACAGCAGAUGUAUAUGGUAGAAAAAAUAAUGCAUAGAUUUUCCUAAUUCUGUAGAUUUCAAAUGUGUCUUAAGUAUUUAAUUAUAUUUUACAGGUACUCACACUAUUGAACAAUGGGUGCGAUGUUACCCCAGCCUUGCCUACUGUGGUGAAACUUUUGGCUUACAGUGACACAUUUGUGAAGCGUGUUGCAGGGGAAAUAAUUGGAAUACUUGCAGAGCAAAAUCAAGAAAUGGUUCUCCUGGCAACAAAUACUUUAGUUCAAGAUUGCAAGGAUGUCAAUCCUGUCAUUCGUAGUCUGGGAUUAAAGGUGCUUGGAUCUUUACAGUCUCCACUAGCCACAGAGAUGCUACACACAGCUGUGAUACAAGGACUUGAAGACACCAGUCCAAAUGUACGGAGGUGUUCUGCUCUUGCCUCAGCUAGAUUACAUCACAUCGCCCCUUCCAUUGUAAUGGAGGGUGGAAUAUGGGAUUCUCUUUAUGGACAUCUGAGUGACCAAGAUUCAGCCACCGUUGCAAGUUGCUUGUGUUCUCUUGAAGAGAUUUUUGUUGGCGAGAAAGGGAUUAUUGUUUCUAAUAAGUUAGGGCUAUAUUUAAUAAAUAACUUGCUUACCUUUACCCCUUGUGUUCAGAGAUUUGUUUUGCAGUUUUUGUUAAAACAUUCACCAAAAACCAAAUCUCAAGUUUUUGAGCAUUUAAAUUCAUUAGAUGAAAGUCUGUCUAAAAACAGCUCCAUGGCUACCACUCUGUGCGCAAUGGAAGUGUUUUGUCAUUUAACUAGCAAUAUACCUAAAGUUAAACAAAAGGCAUAUGCAACGGGUUGGAAUUCUAUAAAAAUGAAUCUUGCCAGGGAGAGAAAUGAGGAAAUGGUAGCAGCAGUUAUAGACUAUCUCGUUAGGACAAAUUUUCCAGUGAAUAUUAUUGAUCAAGACUUUAACAAGUUCUUUUGUCGGGAUGAUGAUGCCCAGUUUCUAAUGAGGCAGAAAAUAAAAAUACUGUGCAAGCUGAUAACAACAGACAAUGCUGAAAACAUUUUAGAUGAGUUUUUGUCUAGUGCCAGACGUCUAGAUAUCGAUGCCGUCAAGGACAUGGUCUGGAACUUGAUAGAUGCAGUUUCAACCAGAUCGGAAGUUGAAAUUAGCUGUGUACAUUUUCUUAAGCGACUUAUUCAACUUGGUAUUGUUGGUGUAACAGAGUGUGUGAUUCAGGUAUGAUAAUCCAUCACCUUUUUAAACAUAUUUAAGUCAACAUAAUAUGAAAUUACUUACAUUGUCUAAUUUGAAAACAUUAUUAACUUACCUUGUUUAUAAAUUAUCUGGGUGUCAAGUAUUUGUUAGUUCACUGUCUAAUAACAUAUGCUAUAAAAUCUGACUAUAUAUUAAUAAUAAUAAUUACAAACUACAUUAUUUUCUACACCAUCUCAUUUGUUUCGUUUCUUUCAGGUUUUAGCUCCUGUUUCAUUUUCAGAUGAUAACUACUGGGCUCUUUUAGCACCUUGCAUUCAAGACAACUAUCAAGAAAUAAAAUCAGCUGUAGGAAAAGUAGCUUUGUUAGAUAUCAUAAGCUUCCACAGUCAGAAUUUUAGCAGUGCUCCUGAGAUUUUAGAGCAAAUGAUGAACGAGCUUGAGGAUGAGGUUGCAGACAGCUUAGAGCAGCAGUUAGUUCACCAGAGUGAAAACCUGAGCCUUCACCAAAACCACCAAAUGAAGCUUGGUCUCUUGGGUGCCAUGGUGAGGGUAUGCCUCCACCAGCCAGCCAAAAUUCAAAUGAUGCUAGCUAAAUUAAUGGAGAUGUGUAUAAGAGAUCAGAACAGAAAUGUGAGGGACAGGGCCCUGUUCUUGUAUGGCUUUUUGGAAAGUAAAAGUCAUAUAAAAGUUUCUUAAACAUAGAUUUACAAAAAUAUAAGUUAUUUUGUUUUUAGAUUUGUGACAAUAGUAGACAAUAGAUAUGUGAUUAUGAUAGAUAAAUCUAUGCUGUUAAAAUAAACUGUUAGGUAAAGCUUGUUAGUUAGCCAGCUAAGCAUUUUACUGUUUCCAGCUGUAGCUCACUCUUUUUAAUAAGAUUUACUUACUGGUACCUUACCAGGUAUUUUCCUCUGCAGGGUUUUAAUGGCACAGAACAAAAAGUUAAAGAUGUUGUGGUCUUGGUUAAUGUCAAUUGAUAUAGAUAAAUAAUAAUUGUGCAAUAUCUUUUCAUGUACCUUUUGCUUGUUUAAAUUAUUGUAAAGAUAAUUAAUUUAUGUAAUUUAUUGUAUUUUAAAAUGAGUUAUAUAAUUUACUACUUUGUAUUGACAUAAAGCUGUAAUUAUAACUUACUCAAAAAAUUUUAAAACUAAAAUAAAUACUCUGUAUUAAAGGUCCUUGAUUCAAUUUUUGAACAUUUUGGCACUCGGCUUUUGGAAGAAAAUUCCAAAAUGUAGAUAAUUUAUUACCAGUACUUUCGAUUAGUAACAAGUACAUCAUGCAAAUUUUCACUGAAUUCUUAUGCUUGCAUUACUUGUAGGCUGCAUCAUUGAAAAAUUUAAAUUGUUGAUGCUCAUUUCUUUUCUAGAGUUAUGUGCACAUCAAAUUUUCCCAUCAUGAUAUUAUUCAGAUAUCUCUAAGUUGUUAAAUUGUAGCAAGAAUUUAGGUUAACUGGAUUCAACAUUGAAAUUUUUACAUCCCUUUGAACUUUGUUAUUGUCAUUUUUUGUUUACUGUGCACUCAUCAUACACUUGUAAUCAAAGAAUUCUGGGAAAGAAUAAUUUCCUUUUAACAAGAAUCGAGGCUGGCAAACCAAUAUGCCUGGUGGAAAAGUGCACUCAAAGU